AUGGUGAAAAUCUUUUUUGUCACACAUUACACGUCGACACUUGCAACUAUGAGCUUCGAUCUUUCUUCUGCUGACGGCCUCAAAAAGCUUAACGAGCACUUGGCUGAUAACAAAUUCGUUGGUGGUUCUGAGAAAUCUGCCGCUGAUGCUGAGCACGCUAAGCAGCUCAAGGCUGCUCCUGAUGCCAACGAGUACCCCAAGGUUGCCGCUUGGUACACUUCUGUCAACGCCGAGGACGAGGACGACGAUGAUGUCGACUUGUUCGGCUCCGAUGAUGAGGAGGUCGACGAGGAGGCUGAGCGUAUCAAGCAGGAGCGCUUGAAGGAGUACGAGGCCCGCAAAGCCGCCAAGGGUCCUAAGGCCGCCGCCAAGUCCAUGGUUACCCUUGAUGUCAAGGCUUGGGAUGAUGAGACUGAUAUGGAGGAGCUUACCCAGAACGUCCUCAAGAUUGAGAUGGACGGUCUCCUGUGGGGUGGCCACCAGCUCGUCCCCGUCGGUUUCGGCAUGAACAAGCUGCAGAUCAACUGCGUUGUUGAGGAUGAUAAGGUCUCUAUGGACGAGCUCACUGAGCUCAUCGAGGAGGACGAGGACCACGUCCAGUCCGUUGACGUUGCCGCCAUGGCCAAGGUCUAA